AUGUCCUCUGCCAAAAACACCACCACUUAUCUGUGCUCGAACAGGCCGCGCCUUAACAGUGUAAACGCAGCCCACACCUUCGAUGACAUUCUCCCACCAGAGAGAAUGACAACAUGGGAAGACUUGGACGCCAAAAAGAAGGACAAGUUUUCCCACAAGGUCAAAUCCAAGGUGGGGAGUACCGCAAAGUCCGCUUUGGCCAAGACCAAGGAGAAAUUGGCGGAGGGCAAGGCGAAAAAAGAAGCCAAGAAGGCUGAGAAGGAGGAGGGGAAGAAGACAAGGAUCGAUUCCGUAGUGGAUUGA